CUAUUUGAGGAAUCAGGACAAAUUUACAAAGAAGGAAAUACAAAACCCAUUACUGUACUUUCGUAAAGGAUGGCAACCUGGGAUAAAGAUCAGGCGAUGUUUAUUGGCCUGCUGGACAAAUAUUCACAGCUUGACCAACUUAAGUCUUUUAGUGGCCCAGAUACCAUUGAAUUGACCUCAGCUGGUGAUGGGAAUCUGAAUGACGUAAUUAGAGCAAAAAAAUCUGGACAGAGUAUCAUUUUUAAACGGGCACCUCCCUAUAUUAAGUGUUUAGGUCCUGAGUACCCGCUAGAGCCGUCUAGAGGUCAGACAGAAUAUGACGCCCUGUGUGUGUUCUCAGAGCUCGCAUUAGCUAGUGUACCACGACCGUACUUUUAUGAUCACGAGUCUAGAACAAUCUGUAUGGAAGAUUUAGUGACAUAUAAAGAUUUCCGUAAACAACUCAUUAGCGGAAUUUGUUGUAUGGAGGCAGUAGAGAAAUUAGCAAGAGACAUUGGAAAAGUUCACAAUCAAACCCAUGUCGCCAAAAUUAGCGAGAGGAGCUUUAGUGAAUAUAAAAGCAAAUUUCAAGAUACUGAACUAGUCAAACUUACUGAACAAUACAUCUUCACGAAACCCUUUGACAAGUUUGAUAGCACAAACAAACUCUCAGAUGACAUCACUUCAAGUCUUUCACAACUAUACGAUAAUCCUAGAGUCUUAGAUGUAGCAAACGAUAUGAAGCAUAUUUUCUUGACGAAGAAAGAAUGCCUUGUACACGGUGAUCUACAUACGGGUUCUGUCAUGGUGAAUGGUGCUGAUACGAAAAUUAUUGACUUGGAAUUUGCAUACAUUGGACCUGCAGCUCUUGACAUUGGGCUUCUUCUUGCCAAUUACAUUUUUUCAUAUUAUGGCCACAUGUCAAUACCAGAAGACCACGACAGGCAUAGGAAGUUUGCGCAACUUAUGAUAGAGGCAUGCAAAGUGACAGUAAAUAAGUACCUGGAGGAAAUGACGAGCUUUGUUGGAGAGCAGCAGACUUACCAAGAUAAACUACUAUCUGAAAUGGCCGGGUUUGCUGGUUGUGAAUUGAUAAGACGGGUGGUUGGAGCUGCACCAGUGGAAGACCUUCAUAGCCCUUACAGUAAACAGGAUGCCCUGGGGGCCGGGGUACGCCUACUCCUGGGCAGACAUAACAUUACAACAGUGGACAAACUCCUGGUCAUUGCUCUGAUGCUGGUGUAGCGUUAACUUGGAAAAUUAUUUCAUUUUUAUGUCAUUUCUAAAGACUUUGUUUUUAAAGAAGGACAGGAAAGUGGAAAAAUACCCGCCACCUUGAUUAUAAAAAUUGAACAGUUAUUUUUAAAAUUGAAAGAAAAUUGGUAAUGGUUCUAAAUAUUUAAAAAAUAUUUAUUUUAUCAAAGAAAAAUUGAAAGUUUAAAAAUUCCCCUCCCCUAUAUUUUCCACAAUUACUCUUCAAACUUUUCAACGCCAAUACGUGUUUUAAGGACAUACGCAACGUACCUUACCUACUGAUAAUUUUUCAAGAUAUUCUUAAUUUAAGAUUAUAGUGCCAUCAGAUGUUCAUAGGCAAAAAAUCAGCAUGCAUUACCAGGGGUUUUGAAAAGAUAUCAAUUGAUGAAAAUUCUUGUAUACUUCAAAGAAAAAUAUUCAAAAAUUACUAAACAUAUAUUCUAGAUAUUUUGUUUAUCUAAACUUGUUUUAGAAGAAAUGUACAACAGCAUAUAUAGGCAUUAAAAUGUAGCACACAGUUCCUUUAAGUAUUGGAACUCUUCAACUCCAGGGAAAAAGACAAUAAAGUUCAAACUACGUUGCGUAUGUCCUUAAUAAGUUAAUAAUUGGUUACACAAAACAUAUAACAGUAAUGGUCUAUAUAAGAUCCGGAGGAAGGUUAGGCUUAUCGACAUUCCAUGCAAGCAACUGUGUGUAUGUGUUUGUGUAUAAUAUAUUGUAAACUUUCAAAUAAGAGGCAUUAAGUAAAAUGAAUUUAUAUUUAC